UUGCUGCACGUUUGUGUUUGUGGUUGAAGAGGUCGACAUGUCGAGCUCGUACAGAAACAGGAUCCAGGAGUUCAAGGUCGCACUGAGUGAGGUCCAGAUUGACCUGAAGACGCUACGUGGGCUCUGUUUUGGCGGAGUGCCUUUUGAAGGAGGGACGCGAUCCCUGUGCUGGAAAAUCUUGUUGAACUACCUUCCCCUGGACCAGACACUAUGGGACUCCUUCCUGAAAAAGCAGAGGGAGUUGUACGUACAGUUCCUGAAGGAGAUGAUCAUCCAGCCAGGAAUAGCCAAAGCCAACCUGGGCCUCUCCAGAGAGGACGUCACCAUGGAGGACCACCCCCUGAACCCAAACCCAGAGAGCCGAUGGAAUAACUACUUCAAGGACAAUGAGGUGCUGCUACAGAUCGACAAAGAUGUCAGACGUUUGUACCCAGAUAUGGCCUUCUUCCAGAGGCCCACAGAGUACCCCAGCAAGCUCAUCCUGGAUCCCCAGAACGAGUAUGAGACUCUGCGGAGACGUGUGGAGCAGACAACCCUCAAGGCGCAGACCGUCGACCGCAACCGGAGUGGAGUUACCAAUUCCACAAAGGGUCAAACACAGGUGGGCUCCCCAGGCAGGGCGCUGAACCUGUACCCGUCUAACGAGUUCGAGGUUCUGCCCAGCGGCUGUGAGGCCCACUGGGAGGUGGUGGAGCGCAUCCUGUUCAUCUACGCCAAGCUCAACCCAGGCAUCGCCUACGUGCAGGGCAUGAAUGAGAUCGUCGGCCCCAUUUACUACACCUUCGCCACGGACCCCAACGGCCAGUGGAAAGAACACGCUGAGGCAGAUACCUUCUUCUGUUUCACCAACCUGAUGUCAGAAAACCGGGACAACUUCAUCAAGAGCCUGGACCAUUCACAGUGUGGCAUCACCUACAAGAUGGAGAGUGUUUUCUCUAUGCUGAAGGAGAAAGAUGUGGAGCUCUACAUGAAGCUGCAAGAACAGAACAUAAAGCCUCAGUAUUUCACCUUCCGUUGGCUCACCCUCCUGCUCUCUCAGGAGUUCUUGCUCCCGGAUGUCAUCCGGAUCUGGGACUCGCUCUUCUCAGACCAGGACCGCUUUGACUUCCUCAUCCUCGUCUGCUGUGCCAUGCUGAUUUUAAUCCGAGAUCAGUUACUGGUGGGAGAUUUUACAAUGAACAUGAGAUUACUCCAGGAUUACCCCAUAUCUGAUGUGCACACUAUCCUGACCAAGGCCAAAGAGCUGCAGGACAGCUCGUAGCUGGCAUGCCUGUACUGCCCCAUUACCCCACCCAACUGCCCUACCCUGCCUUGCCCCGUAGGGGAAACCACGGGAGAACCAUAACCUGGACGACAGCAGUGCAUCCUGAGAGGGGAUCACGUUUUUCCACUGAAUUCUGGGAGCCGUAUGAGAGGACUUUCAUCCUGGGUGUGUCCCUCUCAUGGUGUGUGUAGCGGGAGGCAGAUUUUUUUUAUUACACUGAACACUUGAAAAUUUGAACAUGAAGCAAAGCAAACACAUAUCACCCUCGUUAGGUGUCACUCUCAAACGCCAAAAUGUUUUUAUUUUCCCUUUUUCCUUCUCAGAAUUCUAGUGAAGGGUUUUCUGGUGAUGUUUCUCUUCAAGCUGUGUUUUUACGAAACAGUUUACUUUAUAAUGGUCUACUUUUGUCUUUUGUGUGGUUUUUAUUUAAAUGAUUGGCAUAGUCAGAAAGCAGAAUCUUAUUACUACCAUAUAAGGACAGUUGUAUCUCGAUCUGUGUGUGUGCGUGCGCGCGUCUUGGUCUGUGUGUGUGUGUGUGUGUGUGUGUGAGCGCGCACAUCUCAGUCUUUGUGUGUGUCUGUCUCGUGUGCUGUCCUGCUGACUGCUCUCAUAACACCACAAACGUCAGCAUUCCCACUGAACGGUGCGUAGCCGUCACAGCCAAGCCAACACUGUUCACAGCAAUAGAGCUUGUUUAUUGUUGUUGUUUUAACACACGUGUGUGUGUGAAGGGUAACUCACUGUGUGUGUGUAGAGUGUGUGUGUGUUCUCCCCAUUCAGAAGUUUGUUGUGUGACUGAGUCAGGUUUAUUGUUUGUACUUCUGCUGCAUGCACAUACGUAGCGGUGCUCUUGUGUUGAUCAUUUGUUUGUUGUUUAUCGUCGUUAUUGAUGUUUUUUGCAAAUAAUGUCAAGAAAACCUGAAUCGCAUAAUAUGAGCAUGACUCGCACUACAAGAAUGACGCAUCAGUAAUGAUCCACGUCGCCAUGUCUGCUCAUGCACACGAAGGGCACGCUCUGUUACGCGCCCAUCCUCAUCUUCAUCGUCCGUAACACAACAGGAACAUCUACCCUGCUCUUCCUCUACGUGACCCAGGAACCCUAACCAAAACGGGAAUGGAAGUUGGCUCCACUUUCACAGAAUGGUUUAGUAAAUAAGAUAAAGAUGUGACUUGUGGUCCUGCAUAAAGAAAAAGGCAAAGGUAUUAAACUCUUUUGGAUACCCAGACUUGGUUUUAGUAAACAUGUUUUAAUGUGCGUCUGUGAACACUCUGAGUUCUGGAGGAGCUGGACUGCACAGAUGUCCUGUUUCCCCUGUGGUUUCGCUUUGUUGUAACAGUAGGAAUAUGUGUGGAAGCAAAAUUUUGUCUCAUCUUUGGGUUCCUCAUUAAUCAGAAUCAAAUGAAUGCAUCUUAAAUCUGUAAUAUUUCCUGGUUUUUUGCUCAAGAAAGAGGAUCAGAGUCAUUGCUGAUUCGUUCAUUGGAUAGAAAUGUACGUUCAGUACAUCCAAGUGUUCACGUCCAUGCAGACCAUGUCAGAAAGUGUGUUAAACCUCCUCUCAUCUUCAGGCAGACAGAAGUAAAGUAAGUGCUGUGUCUGUUCUCCUGUGGCCCCACCCUUCUUCUGUUCAGAGGCCUAUCAGCCCCCAGCACUAACUGAAGGCCCACCCCAUUCUCUCCUGUCAGCCAGUCAAGUUAAGUGGUCAUUGGUGGUGUUGGUUGAUACUGGGAAUAUAGAAAAUAAAUGUAUACAAAUAAAAAAGGAAAUAAACACGUAGAAUAAUGAUUUGUACAAUAAAGUAAUACAGUGUUUUGCAAAA